UCAUUCUGGAUCUUCUCUCCCCGAUCUCCCCAACUGCACUUCCACCGCCGCCCCCAUGUCGGAGAUCCGUUCUCCGCCGCCGGAUCGGGUGCUGGAGAUUGUCCUCGAGAACGUGCUCCACUUCCUCACCUGCCGCCGGGACCGGAACGCCGCCUCACUCGUCUGCCGCUCAUGGUGUCGGGCGGAGGCGCUCACCCGAUCUGAUCUCUUCAUCGGAAACUGCUACGCCGUUUCUCCACACCGCGCCACCUCCCGCUUCCGCCGUGUCCGGUCCCUCACCGUGAAGGGCAAGCCUCGCUUCGCGGACUUCGAUCUGUUGCCGCUUAACUGGGGUGCCCACUUCUCUCCCUGGGGCUCUGCACUCGCCGAUGCCUACCCUUGGCUCGAGAAGCUUCACCUGAAGCGUAUGUCUCUCACUGAUGAUGACCUCAACCUUAUCGCUCGCUCCUUCCCCUCCUUCAAGGAACUCGUUCUCGUGUGCUGUGAAGGUUUUGGGAUCGCUGGAAUUGCCGCUGUUGCUGCCAACUGCAGGUUGCUGAGAGUGCUUGACCUUGUGGAGUCUGUGGUUGAGGAUGCUGAUGAAGACGAGGAGGUGAUGGAUUGGAUAUCAUGUUUUCCGGAUGGUGAGACUCAUCUGGAGUCUCUUGUGUUUGAGUGCGUUGAGUGCCCUGUAAAUUUUGAGGCCUUGGAGAGGCUAGUGGCUAGAUCACCUUACCUGAAGAAGCUUAGGCUGAAUCAUUAUGUUUCCAUUCCUCAAUUGUACCGCCUGAUGCAUCGAGCUCCACAGCUCACCCAUCUUGGGACAGGUUCAUUCUGUGCAUCAGAUGAUGUGGCUGUUGGUGAUCAGGAAUUGGAUUACUCAUCUGCCUUUGCAGCUUGCAAAUCCCUAGUUUGUUUGUCUGGGUUCCGGGAUAUUUUGCCGGAUUACUUACCGGCCAUCUAUCCGGCCUGUGCUAAUCUCACAUCUUUGAAUCUUAGCUAUGCUGAUGUUAACGCUGACCAACUCAAACCGGUCAUAUUGCAAUGUCAUAAACUCCAAACAUUAUGGGUACUUGAUUCAAUUUGUGAUGAAGGUCUUCAAGCUGUGGCUGCAACUUGCAAAGAUUUGCGGGAGCUUCGAGUUUUCCCUGGUAACACGAGGGAAGAGGCCGAAGGUCCAGUUUCUGAAGUAGGCUUAGAAGUAAUUUCUCAGGGUUGUAGGAAAUUGCAAUCGAUCCUCUUCUUUUGCCAAAGAAUGACGAAUGCAGCUGUGAUAGCUAUGUCAAAGAAUUGCCCGGAUCUUGUUGUAUUUCGUCUUUGUAUAAUUGGGCGAUACCGGCCAGACCCUGAGACCCAUGAACCCAUGGAUGACGGUUUUGGUGCUAUUGUUAUGAAUUGUAAGAAACUUACUCGACUUGCUGUAUCUGGGUUAUUGACUGAUCAAGCUUUUCGUUACAUUGGGAUGUAUGGGAAAUUACUUCGAACACUGUCAGUUGCCUUUGCUGGAGACUCAGAUCAGGGCCUUAAAUAUGUGCUAGAAGGAUGCCCUAAUUUACAAAAGCUUGAAAUCAGGGACAGCCCAUUUGGGGAUGCAGCAUUGCAUUCCGGGUUGCAUCAUUUUUACAACAUGAGAUUUCUCUGGAUGUCAACGUGUAAAUUGACACGCCAAGGUUGCCAAGAAAUUGCAAGAGCAUUGCCCCAUCUAGCAUUGGAAGUCAUUGAUAGUCAAGAAGACAAAGCUGAUGAUCAUAUCGAGAUAUUAUACAUGUAUCGGUCUCUCGAUCGGCCCCGGAAUGAUGCUCCUAAAUGUGUUACUAUUCUUCAAUAGCUUUUUUUAAGUUUUAGAACCUACUAGCCUUUUCCAUCCUUGGUGGCUGUUGUGUGAAAUUAUACAGCAAGAGAUUUUUUAAAUAAACCUGCCAGAAGAUUUCUGCUGCCCAUGUCAAACAAAGCCAAGCUUAACAAUUGUUGUUCUAGCCAGGAUUGCUGGGGCGGCAGCAUGCCAUGGAUAUGAGAAAACAUCUCUCUGUAUUAUUUUUCGUUGCAGAGGACUCGAAAUAGCAAGGUGGAUAGAGAAAAGUUAGGGGAGGAUGAUCGGAGAAUGACACAGAAGAUGAAAUCAUGCAGGUAUUGGACUAUCCAAUGUUGUUGUAUCACUAUACUUGAUAUUUAUGUCCUUUUGUCCUUUUACAUUCAUUUUCAUCAUAAAUGAAAGUCUCUAGAAGAAGAGGGGGAAUUGGUAGAGAUUGUUGAAGCUGCUCCGGUAAUUGAUUUAUUCAUGUCCUCAGCAAAAUAGAAGGUCGAUUAGGAAGCAGGUUCAGAAGGAUCAAGAUAUUAGGAGGUUUGGAGGGUGACAUUCUGUUAACUCUUGGACCGGAACAGUAGAGAAGCAGAAGUUAGUUUGUGUAAUUUGAUUAAGGUGAUAGUUAGUUUGAACCGUAGGUGUCAAAUAUCCAAUUCCCAUUAUGCUAUGAUGAUGAUAUAAGCGUAUUUGUGUCUCUAUUUAAAUGUUUGAUUUUUCAGAUGUGCUGCUGAACAGAUGAAGCUCCCUCCUGACUGUUGAAUUUAUUGUUAUUAUUAUUGUUAACAAUUGUGAGAUGGUUAAUAAAUGCCGGAAUUUAAGAA